CAUCAUCCGUUUAAGUUGUUUAUGCUGUAAUCCCGACAAAAAAUUACAAAAAAAUAAUUAGUGACCGUCUUGUGUAGUUACGUGAACUUAUUUUUGAUUCCUGUUUAUCUCCGAGACUUCGAGAAACCCUCGAAAGAAAUUUUUCACAAUGAAGCCAACGAAUGUUUUCAAGACAGGAGUCGCAUCCAUUCCGAAUAAAUUAGGAAUUUCCACGAGAUCAAAGACGGCUCUGUCGCAAACGACUCUAAAGGCAACUAAGAGAAAGGCAGAUGCUUCGCCGCCGGGCGAACGCAGAAAACGAUCAGCUUUAGGAAAUCUAACAAAUGCGAAUGCAACAAAUUUACCCCUUAACGAAAAAAAUACAAAUGUACAAAAAACAUUUCUUGGUAUCCAAAAAACCAAAAAUACACGUGCCAUCACAUCCAUCAAGGAAGAAAAUGAAAAUAACCCGAAAUUGGUUGCGCCAAAAGAACCGACUGCCAAAAUUCAAACACGAGCAUCUCUCAAGCUCCAACCUGUCGUCACACAAUGUGUCGCACCGAAAUUACCAACGAAACCUACCCUCCUCCAAAAGCCCAAAGACGAUUUUAUGAAACCAACGCGGAGGUUAUCAAAUGAUUUUGAAAAGUCUGAAAAUAGCUUAUAUGUGUCGGCUCUCGAGGAUUUAACAAGUACCGAAACAACAACGACAGAAUUCCACACGGGAAUUGGCGAAAAGUUGCAAACGUCAAUUCCGAAAAUUUCAUCGUUACCCAAAGACGUGGUUGACUUUGACAAGGAAAACUGGGACGAUCCCUUCCAAGUGUCAAACUACGCAAUGGAUAUUUUCAAUUAUUUGAAGGAGCGCGAAGCGAAAUUCGUCAUGAAGGACUACAUGCACGAGCAAAAACACAUUUCCAAGUGGAUGCGAGCACUUUUGGUCGAUUGGAUGGUCGAAGUGCAGGAAUCGUUCGAACUGAAUCACGAAACGCUUUAUUUGGCUGUUAAAUUGGUAGAUAGUUUCUUGUGUCACACUGUCGUGCAAAAGGAUGCCUUGCAAUUGUUGGGAGCGGCAAGUUUGUUGAUUGCAUGUAAAUUUGAUGAACGCACCCCGCCAUUAGUUGAGGAUUUCCUGUACAUCUGUGACGGAGCCUACAAACAAAAAGAACUUCUCAACAUGGAAAUGGAACUUUUGCGAACUGUCGGUUAUGAUCUCAGUAUGCCUUUGUCUUACCGUUUCUUACGCCGAUAUGCCAGAUGCGCCAAGGUUUCCAUGCCAAUUUUAACUCUCGCAAGAUUUAUUCUGGAAUUUUCGUUAAUGGACUAUACAAUGAUUCAUCUCAGCGACUCGAAACUCGCUUGUGCCGCACUUUUCAUCGCUCUUCGAAUGAAUAAAAUGAAAGGAUGGAAUGCCACUCUUGAAUAUUAUUCAGGUUACAAACUCGCUGAAUUCGAAAACAUCGUUCAGCUCUUGAACAACAGCUUACACAAAAAACCAAAGGACAGUUUAAACACAAUUAGGAACAAAUAUUCGCACAAAAUAUUCCAUGAAGUGGCUAAAAUUCCCUUGAUGACAAUAACGGAACUCUUUGUUGACUCUGAACUCGCGGAGAACAAAUAACUGAAAAAAAAAUUUAAGAAACCAAUGUACAAAAAUUUGUCUCCAAAAAAACUACUUAUAUUUAAUUAGUACCUAUAUUUACUUAUAAAAACUCACACAUGAUUGAACAUGUCCCUUUCUUUUCCGCAAAGUAUUGUCCUUUAGUUGUUAAAAUGAUUUGCAGUUUACUAUUUUUUUUAGAAAUUAACACAAAAAAGGCCGAUCUCGAUAAAAAGGCUCUGAACUGAUGCUAAAUUUUAGAAAGUUAGUUCGAUUUAGUAAAAUUAUUAAAAAAUGUAUUUGUUAAUGUUUAGUUUUAUAUUUUAUAAUAAAAGUUUGAGUUUAGAAUAAAAAAAAUAAAAAUAAUUUGAUAAGAUGCACAAUGUAAUAAAGGUGUGAUUGCCAAACAAACGAAACGAAACAAAUGACUGCUUAAAGACUUUGUUGAUAAAAAAAAAAAAAGAAAUUUU